AUGUACAGCCAUGCCUGGACAAGCCAGUCACACUCAAUGUGCAGUAUUACGGCAGCCGGCAGCCCCAGCGAACUGGUCCCCGUGUGGGAGUCCCCGCCGCUCUGCUUCUCACCGUCCCUUGUAGACAGGCUCUGGGCGGGACGAGCCAGCGUGGACAGCGGCGGCAACAGCGGCAACAGGCCCACCCCGCGUGGCGGCCUCCACCACCCCUUCGGGAACCUCCGCCACCACGAGCUGCGACAACAGCUACAGCAGCAACACCAGUGCGAAUGGAAACGGUCGAAUGCGGGCGCCAGGUCGCCGGGGUGCCACGUCGUCCAGCAACAGGCGCGGUCAUUGAAGGCGGAUCGCCCCUCCUCCCGCCUGGAGGCUGUCGGAGUCAGUCUGUCGACCCGCCCACCCGCCCCGGCGGAUCAGGUAGCUGACGCCGGUGUCAACCCCAAUAGCGCCCAAGAUGCUGCUGCUGCUGCUGCCUCCGCUGACCGCCGUGCUAUUUCAUGUCCUUCUGCUACUGCUACUGGUAGCGACGCUGCUGUUGACAGUUCGGCCUUUCAGCUGCAGCUCAUACCCGCUGCUGCUGCCGCCGCCGUCAAUCACAUGCCGCCGUCACCUUGCAUGGCUUUAGUGGCCGCGGCAGCUGCGGAAACUGCAGCGCCACGGGCAUUGGGUGCCGCUACUGUCAGUGCUACUGCUGCAGCACCAUCUGCGGGAGCCAGCGGCGGCAGCAGCACCGGGUCCUGCUCCCCCGGUGACGCUAAAGUGGCAGCGCUGCCGUCGGGCCCCACCGCCACCGCCACCCAGCAGCAGCAGCAGCCAGCUUCCAGGGUUGGAGGGCUACCACCACCUUCAUCACCUUCACCACAUGAGUCUGUAGCUGCAGCAACGAGAGAGGAAAACCACCACCUGUCGCAGCCGUCGGACCCUACAGCCCCUACCGCCCCUGCAUCCUGUCCUGCUGCGGCUGGGGGCUUUGACGGCGGCGGGGCUCUCCUUAUUUCCUGCGGGGAUCUGCCCUGGGCCCUCGCGACCACCGCACCACCGCAGCAGCCGGUCUCCGAGCCAUCUUUCGGACCGGACCCAACAACAACAAAAACAACGAGACCUCUGCGACACGAGCAGCAGCAUCAGGAGGAGGGGGGCCAGCUGAUGAUGUCGAGGCUCAGCACAUCCGCCCUAGCCCUUCCCGCCUCUGGCAGCGGUGGCGGACGCGACAACGACCCACGGGUCACAACAGUUGGAGGCUCCGGCGGUCAUGUCGCGCCCUCCGACUCCCCGAUGUCCCAGGCGUCCACGGAAUGGGAGCCGGUGUGGGGCCGGGGGGAGUGCAGCCCACCCUCCCCUUUGGCGGCGGCGGCGGCAGCAACUGGUUGGUCGGCUGUGUCGCUGUGGGGCCCCCCUGUGGGUUCCGCCGAGGGGGCCGGUCUGAGCCGCGCCCUGGUCAGCAUCUUUGGAGGUGGAGGUGGAGGCGACCCGCGGACCAGAUGGUGGGGGACACUCGGAGGCGGCGGCGGCAGCUUCCACGAUGUGGGUCACGAUGUACGGCGCAACCGCCGCCAGCAGUACGGCAAUCACGGUCCGGCGCGGCAGCAGCGCGACGCGGCAAUGUCGGCGGCCGCGGCAGACCUCCUCCACACACCCCACACGGGUCCGCAGUGCUGUCUGUCGUUCCCCCAAGCCACCCCCCCGCCCGCCUGUGUCAAGCUGUAG